UCGUGUUGGACGUGAAUUCGCCGAGCAGCGUCGCCGCUUAUUGUGGGAUCCUUUAUUGGCCAAGUGUUUUGAGUCCUGCCAGUGUGUUGUGAAGAUUUCUAGAGAUAGUCGUUUUUCCGGGUGGUGCGCGUUUGUUUUUAAUUCGAACGUGUGUUAUGUUAUAAUACAGUCCAAUCUCGGGCAAGUGUCGUGGUUUUCCAAAGGUCAGCCCGGCCGACGUAAAGCGUGAAGCGUUUUAAUUUACGAUCAGAAGAUUACUAAAAUCUCCAGACGGUAGUCGGUUCUGUGCGAGAAUACGUGAUUGAUUUACGACAGACAUAGUUCUUCGCAGUAAAUCAUUGACUCGGGGCGGGUAAAUCAAACGGCACUAGUCCAAGAACCGAAAAGCAAGAAACUGUUCUCACGUGCGUUCAAGUUGUCCUAAGCGGUGAAAGAUUUAGGGACCGCCCCUUGGCGCGCGGUCUUUCACGAAGUGAGUGUGUCGAUGUGCUUCACCUAUCAACUGUGAGCCCGCCGGGAGCACGAAGAAUUUUCAACGCCCAGUGGGUGUGCGAAAGAAAAUCCCGAAAUUGAUGAUUCACGCUGUAUUGAGAAAUUUUAAUUGUGGCUGCGGUGAAAAACGACAUUUGGGCAGCACAGAAGUGGAAGUUGUGAGCGGGAUGUUUUGAAAAGUCGCUAAGCACAUAAGUAAAUUGGGGCCGCAAGUGUUGAAGGGUGUUGAACAGAUACACCUUGUUUAGCAUUGAGAGAAAGUCUUGCGAAGAAAUAUUUUAGUGAAGUAGCGAAAAAGUACACAGUUAUAUUAAUUGGAAAUCGACAUUUGUAAUUAUUGUGGUGAAAGUGUAAAAGUGAUCAAUAUUUAACGCAAGUGAUUGUCAAAACAAAAGUUGUUUCCAAAGUUGUAUGCUGCCAAUAUAAAAUUAUAUAAAAAGAACAAAGAAGCGCGUGGUUUAUCACACAGAAAUAAACGAGACCAAAUUGCUUUAGACGACACAUAUCUAACAGAUUACACCGUCAGGAUGAAGAUGUCAAAGUUAUCCAAUCAAACCAAUUCGCAAGACCCGCAGGCGGUGAACUCGCGAGUGUUUGUCGGAAAUUUGAACACAUUUCAGUGCUCCAAGACGGACGUCGAACGGAUGUUUCAGCGCUACGGACGUUUGGCAGGAAUAUCAAUGCACAAGGGCUACGCCUUCGUACAGUUUACAAACCCCUUCGAUGCACGCAAUGCUUGCCACGGUGAAGACGGGCGAACAGUCCUUAGCCAAACAUUAGACGUCAACAUGGUAGCCGAACCGAAACCACAUCAAACGGGCAGAAAGCGGCAGAACAAAUCCAAAACCGGAAAUGAUUGGGACUAUUACUAUGACAGCUACUACGCAUCGACACUAUUCGGACCGAUCCAACAGCAGCCCUCGUCCCAGCCCCGACCCAUGAAACGACAACGAUUGAUGCCUCCGAGUCGAUUGCCUUUGGCGAGUAAAUUAAACGGCGCCGGCAUGCUGGCUGCAGGACCACAGGUACCCCAGCAACAGGCGCAACAUCCUUCGCAGCAGCAUCUUCAGCUGGCUGCCGUGGCAGCAACAAGUCCUUCAGCAGCCGCCGCAGCAGUCGCCGCCGGUCUGGGGAGCUACUAUGGCAAUGCGAACGGAUCGCUGGUCGUGAAUGGGCUGAGCAAUGGGUGCCUAACGAGCAAUGGCUAUAUCAACAACAACAGUUACCUGCUCAAUGGAGACGUCAACGGUACCAUGUCCAGCUAUACCAACGGACAGCACAUCGUGGGACCAUUCAAAGUAUACAGUAAUCCGGAUACAUUGAUUUGUGGCAAUUGCAGAGAAAUGUUCACCGAUUUGACCGAACUUUUGGAUCACAAGAAGUCCUACUGUAAACUGCGAUUCACAUGCAAGUGUGUUUCUCCAACUACCGUGAACAGAAACAAAACCAACCACCCAUCUGCGAAACUGCUCUGCGUGGCUUGCAAGGAUUCCUUUUCCAACCCGUGGGAUUUGAUGGUACACGCCCAGGCAGCCCACAUGGUAAACAUCUACGAGCUUGGCGACUCUUCGGAUGAAGAUAAAGCUUCCUCCAUGAGUUCAGACUCGCUCGCGGACCCCACUGUCAUCGAAUCCCCUAAGCGAUUGACCAACGGUUGCGAUAAUAACGGAGAUGUCAACGGAGUGCACCACGAUGGAACCGGGGACAAGUCUUCCGAGCAGAACGAGGAUUCCGACACUGGUUCCUGCAGCAAUGGAUUGAAAGAGGCCUCGUCCAUCGAAGACAUUCACCACGUGGCAAAUGGUCCUGGCGUGGCAGCAGCGAAGGUAAACGAUCACGCAACGUCCUGCAAUGGCGCAUCAACUAGCGCUGUUUCGCCGCUACAAGUCAACAGCAACGGUGGCGAUUUGCAACCAACACGUGCCUGCAUCAUGACUGCUCUCAGCAUAGAUACGAAAUCGAACCCAGACGCCACUGUUGCACUAAAAAUGGUCACUUCAUCGCUAGGAAUUUCUCUGACGAACGGAACGACUGUCGCGGCCGCUACCCAGUAAGUCACAUCCCGAGAGACUACUGUUACGUACUUACGCUGUUAUGCUCUUACCCAUUACGAAUGACAACUGGUGAACAAAAUAGCUUCAAAGGAUGAAACGUUUACCUACCGUUACAUUUUCGUUUCUGUAUUGGAGAAAGGAGCGAUUGAUUUGAAAUUGUAGUAAACCAUAUUUCUUAUGAGAUUACUGUAAAAUAUUGGACAACGUUUCUGUUUCUGUGCUAUUCUUAGAACUAUACAUAGACUCGCCCUAAUAUGUGAGUAAAAUUGUACAACCUUACGUAAAUAUAAGAAAACAACAGAUCAGCUGUUCUUCUAAAAAAGUAAUCGAAAAGUAUUACCCACCACAUAGAAGCGAUGGGUGACGGGAAAAGGAUUUUAUCAAAACACUAAAAAAAAGAAACACAACACAAAUUAAGAGCUUAUUGUCAACUUCGUUGAAUGGUAGGAUUUUCGCUGAUAAUGUUUGAAGGUGUUCCGUUGGAUUAGGAAUCGGCGAAAUCGGUAGUGUUACUCAAAGUAAGGUAGUUAGGAAAAAUAAUGAAAUUAAUCCAAAUGUUUUGUUGGUAAUUAAAAUCAAAGAAAAUUGACCGAUCAUGAUCGUUUGAAGUUUGUAUAGCGACACCCGAUAGCGGGUAGAAUUAUUCUCAAAUUCUGUAAAUCAAACUAAUUUGUAAUAAAACUUACUUGUACAUAUCAAAGCAGCGAACGAAACAGAAGGAACCUGGCACUGCGAUCGGAAUGUGGAACGAAACGUAUGAAUCCUAAAUAGUCGCAACGAAGGUAUUUACCGAUUGGACUGAAAUAUCUUCCUCGUAGCGGAUGUAAAUAAAAAUCCUGGCAUAGAAAAGGGCUAUCAUAUUUAAUGCACAUCGUUUAACGUGAACAGAAAGAAAAACUAACAUAAUCAAAAUAUAUAAUUCAAUGUCUAUCUAAUGA